AUGUUCGUGCACGGCGAGGCGGCGGAGGAUCUCUUUGAUCCCUCGGGCUGGGAGUGGGACGGGAGCAGCUUCCACCACGGCCACGCCUGGGAAGGCAUCCACUGGGAUGGCGACAAGGGAUGGAUGUACGAUAAGGAGCCGAUGGGCCACUGGUGGCACGGAGAGACGGAUUUCAGCCACCAGGAGCCCAUCACUGUGAUCCACCACCACCACAUCGUCCACGGCGACCACGUCCACCACAUUGACACCAUCGAACACAUCGUCCCUGGCGACCACGGCCAUGACCAUGUUGAGAGCCCCUACGACUGCCACGCAGGGAUCGCCAACUGGAAGGCCGGCUGGUCAGACCACAAGAAGACCUGGUGCUGCGACCACUUCUCGAAGGGCUGUCCGCACGAGUCCGGGUCUGGGGAAGAAUCCGACUACGACUUUGACUGCCAUGACGGCACCGACAAUCCGAUCGCCAAGUGGUCCGCGAAGCAGUCGAGCUGGUGCUGCGAUCAUUUCAGCAAGGGUUGCGCAGGUCACUCGCCCAAGCCCUACUCCUGCUCUGGCAACGACUGGGAAGGCUGGGAGCAGGAGAAGCGGACCUGGUGCUGCUACAACCACGACGUCGCCUGCGACCCCUUCAACUGCGAGGCAUCAGAGCCGGCAACGGCAGGGCCCCCCGCAGCCGCCCCCGCACCCACUCCCGCGGCCGGGCCCCCCGCGCCCCCUGCCGCCCCUGUGCCCGCUCCCGCGGCUGGGCCCCCUGGAACCGCCUCCAAACCCAUUCCCGCGGCUGUCAAUGUCACCAAGCCGGCGGGCGCCUGGACGACGAAGAAGAAGGAGUGGUGUUGUGAGCACCACCAGAAGGGCUGCCCCUUCGACUGCCAGAAGGAUGCCGACCAGUGGACCAGCUGGGAGGGCGACCAGCAGAAGUGGUGCUGCGACAACCAGGGCGUCGCCUGCCAGAAGUUCCAUUGCGAAGCAGGCGAAGCGGCGGGCUCCUUCGAGGCAUGGUCCAUGCCCAAGAAGUCCUGGUGCUGCCAGAACUAUCACUCUGCCUGCGACCCCUACGACUGUGGCUUUGAGACGGUGGGCAAGUGGACCAUGUCCAAGCGCGCUUACUGCUGCAUCAAGGAGGAGAAGGGCUGUGCAGGCACCGAGACGUCCUUGCCCUUCGACUGCUCUGCACAGUUCUCCCAGUGGGAAGAGAAGUGGGAUCAGGCAAAGAAGGACUGGUGCUGCGCAACUCACGCGCGCGGCUGCCCGCAGAUUCAUGUGCCGGAACCCUUCACCUGCAGCCUGGGUGCGGGCGACAGCUGGGAGGAGAUGUGGUCCCACGAGCACCGGACCUACUGCUGCACCCACAAGCACGUGGCCUGCGAGGAGUUCGACUGUCACUUCCAGCGCCACCACAUCGACUACUACUGGAGCAAAGAGAAGCAGGACUGGUGCUGCGACAAGCAGUCUAUUGGUUGCCCGAAGACCACCACACCACCGCUCUAUGACUGCCACCAGGACCUGGCGUCUGCCUGGCACAAGGACAAGAGGGACUUUUGCUGCGAGACUGAGAGGUUGGGCUGCGUCGUCGGAGGCUCCGGGGCAUCUGAGGGCUCCGAAGGAUCCGAGACCGUGGAGCCCGAGGAGGAAACUGAGCCGGAGGGGUCGACCCACAGCUUCGGCCAUUUCGACUGCUCCUUGCCAGCCACUGCGGAUGCGAUAGGCAGCUGGGAAAUGUGGCACCAGAACAAGAAGAAUUGGUGCUGCGACCACCUCUCGAUUGCCUGCGAGCAGUUCGACUGUGGCUUCAAUAUCCACUCUGUGCAGGCCUGGAGCCACUCGAAGAAGUCCUUCUGCUGCGACAAGAUGGGCCUGGGCUGCCCAGAGGCGGAGCCGGUAGAGACCUCCGCACUCUUCGACUGCAACGCUGCGCUGUCCAGAUGGGAGGUGGCGUGGUCAAGCCUCAAGAAAGGCUGGUGCUGCAAAACCGAGGGCAAGGCCUGCAAGCCUUUCGACUGCGAGUUCCAGGAGCGUCUCCACGCGUGGUCCGACACCAAGAAAAGCUGGUGCUGCAUUGAAGAGAAGAAGGGAUGCCCGAAAGAGACCACUUCCAAAGCUUUUGACUGUGAAGCCGGAUAUGACAAGUGGGAAACCGGCUGGUCCAACAGCAAGAAGAGCUGGUGCUGCGCCAAUCUCCAGGUUGCAUGCCAUCCGGGUGCCAAAGAAGUUGGGCCUGCACCGGGAGCGAAAAUGGAUGGAGGCCAUGGUGGGUCCUUUAGCUUCUCCAGCGGCAGCGGGGACAUGAGCCCAGAGGAGUUGCACAAGAUGAUGGCAGCCCACAGCAAGGACAUGAGCCCAGAGCAGUUGCAUAAGAUGAUGUCAGGUAUGCAUGCGGAGGGCGGGCAUGGCGGGUCCUUUAGCUUCUCCAGCGGCAGCGGGGACAUGAGCCCAGAGCAGUUGCAUAAGAUGAUGGCAGGUAUGCAUACGGAUGGCGGUCAUGGUGGGUCCUUUAGCUUCUCCAGCGGCAGCAAGGACAUGAGCCCAGAGGAGUUGAAUAAGAUGAUUGCCGCUAUGCAUGCGGAGGGCGGUCAUGGCGGGUCCUUUAGCUUCUCCAGCGGCAGCAAGGACAUGAGCCCAGAGGAGGUGAAGAAGAUGAUGGAAGACAUACAUGCAAAGGGCAGCACCAAGGCCAUGAGCCCAGAGGACGUGAAGAAGAUGAUGUCAGGUUUGCAUGCAGAGGGCGGCAGCAAGGAUACUGCGCCCGCUCCCGCGGCCGGGGGAACAAGCCCCAACGAUCCAGCGACCCCCGGAAGCGCCCCCGCAACCGGAACCGCGCCCACCACCGCUGGACUUCCCGCGAAAGAUCCCGCGGCACCCCUCGCAACCGCACCCGCAGCGGCAACUGCGCCCACGGCGAUUGUCGCCGCUGGGCUUCCCGCGACAAGUCCCGCAGCACCCCUCGGAGCCGCCCCGACUGCUCCCGCGCCCACUCUCGCUGCCGGGCUUCCCGCAACAAGUCCCGCGGCACCCCUCGGAGCCGCCUCUGCAGCCGGAACUGCGCCCACGGCCACUGUCGCCGCUGGGCUUCCCGCGACACCCCUCGGAACUGCCCCUGCAGCCGGAACUGCGCCCAUGGCCACUGUCGCCCCUGUAGCCGGAACCGCGCCCACUCUCGCUGCCGGGCUUCCUGGGAUCAACCCCACGGAGCAUGCGGAGGGCAGCAGCAAGGACACGACUGCAGAAGAAUGA